AACAUGAGCAGAAAUGAAGGAUUGGCCGCCACAGCCAGGCCACUGUACGCAUAGUGUAUUGUGUGUUUCGGAAAUUCGGAGGUCAACAUGGAAAAAUAAGGUUAUAAUACAAUACUACAUAGCGUCUUGUCGCAGUGAUCGGAUGUCGUCAUGGGAAGCAAAGUGAGUAGCAAGAUGGCAGCUGCCAGUCGGGUCGUGCAGGUUGUGCGACCUCAUGCACCUUUAAUUAAAUUUCCAGAUCGGAAUGGCAUCCCUAGGCCAAAUGUGCAAGAGGCACUGAAUGUGCUUGCAGCCUGUCUCCCACAGAUCUCCCCAUCUGCACCUCCUCCUACAACAUCAGUAUCACCUCCACCCAAACCACCGGGACCCAUCAGCCGACUGCCUGGCACCCCUGACAGCCUUGAUGUAGUUAGAGAUCUCCCUCAGAAAUACCGCAGAAGAACCCUUGCGUUAGAUGAAAUGGACUACAUUCAGCGUGGUGGACCAGAGUGACUGUGGUCCAGUCUGUCCAGUUCAUUCAAUCACUCUAUUUGCAGAAAUCAGUUGCCUGACUCUUUUUUUUUUCUCAGUGUAAGAGUUCAUAAUGUCAUAUAGCAAACCAAACCAACUAAAUAAAUUAGUUUUAUUGUACAUACAGAUUGUGAUUGGUUGUUUCAUUAUUCAGGUGCUCUGUACUUACAUUAAAAUGCAGAACUCUGCCUUCUUAUUCUUCAGUCCGUCUGUCAUUUACUCUGCCAGCCCCUCUUCUGACCAUCAUGAACAGAGUUUAUGAAUUUCCUCUUCCAUUUCAUUAUGUGUUCUGGAGUCAGAGAAAAUCACUGAUCUGAGUGCCAGCAUAUUCUACAGGUCUGAACAAAAUGGAUCACUAGGAGUAUUGUGGAUUUGAAUGAUUCAAAUAUUUACUCAUUGUUGAAAGCUUGUGUUAUUUUUAGUCACAACCACCAUCUGUCUUUUUUUUUUUUUCUUCGAUUUAAAAUAGUGGAGAGGGAUGUCAUGUUAUUUUCAAAUAAGCACACAUUUGUUUCCAGAGCUUUUAUUUCUGGAGCUUUUUACACCAAGUAAUAAAGUACAACAAAAAUACAAAAUAAUGAAAAACCAAACAAAAAGCAAUAGAAUUAUAUGUACAUAUAAACAAUAGAGAUAUCUGAAUAAUUCUGUAAUUAAAUGUAAUGAUUGUCUGUAUAUAUGGAAAUACAUUUAUAGGAUUUGUUGGUUUUAUUCACAGAUUUUUACCACUGAGUUCUCCCCCCUCCAUGGUUGAAUGUGAAAACCUUUAUUUAAUAAUUCUUUUACAUUUCUAAAUUAAAUAUAUAAAAAACACACACCCGAAUCCACAGAGGACAAUUUACCAAACUUCUCUCAAUAUUUUUAAGAUGUAAAAUGUUUACUUCUAUAGGUCAAAACAACCUGUACAUUCUGUUAUUUUAGUCUGUUAUUUUAGUUUUAGACAUGUAAAUGUAAAUGUCUUUAAAAUCAAACUAUGCAAAUAUUUGGGGGUACAAUUACUGUCAAUGUACUUCAGCCAACUCAGAAAUUCUUCAGCAAAGCUGAAAUUCACUGUAUCAUUCAUAAAAAGUACUAAAACAUAAUAGUAGGAGCAGAGACAGUUGAAAGUAUGAAAAUAAAAACUUUUUAUGUGAGCACCAAGUACUACAUUUGUCGUAUGUUGAGCAUGAUAAAGUUCUCUGCUGGCUGUACAGAUACUGAAAACAACUCUUUGUAGUGCUUUCUAAUCCCGGUCAAGGAAUAAUGGCAUCUAUGGAUCCACUUCAAUCAGCGUCUGUAUUCGCAGCUCCAAACAUGCUACUAACAAGUACUUCUCUAUGUAUUAACUAUGUAGAUGCACAAGACUUUCAACUCAACUUAUAAUUGCAACAGCAGUGCAUUCAAUAGAAAAUAGACUCUUCACAUUACUAAUAGCAGCCGUUAAGUAUCAGGUGUAAGAAUCACGGUGAACAAUGAAACUCUUCAGUCUACUGAACAAAGAGAUGAACAAAUGGGUUUAAAUGGGAGUGUCCAUAAAUUAUUUCCAUUUCUACAAUUUUCCAUCUCUCUC